AGCUGGGUAACAUUGGAAAAUUGAUGUUGCAUAUCAAGUGUUUGUUAAUUCGCGCAGUAGUAACAAAAGUGUGAUAUUGAAUCUGGAAGUGCUUAUAUUGACAGUUACCUUCUCUGCUAAAAUAAAAACAAGUUUACUGCGUUACACAUUUCGUAUAAAUUAGUGAAUAUGACUAAGGGCAAAGCUGGUAGUAAAAAUGAGAUAGAAAAAGAGAAUUUAGCUGAACCCGCCCAGGCAAAUACAUCCGCUUUAUCUCCGGAAGAAUCAGAUAUCCAAAAGUCAAUCGAGAUAACUAUCAACAGUAUUGAAAAUUUGUCUACAGUUAAUAUGGUGGGAGGAGAGGGUAUCGAGGUACUGAUAAAAGUUCAGCACAAUGAUAAUAUGUUGGGAGAAAGUCCUUUGCUAAAAUUAGACCAGAUUGAAGAGGACUCUGUGAUCAACAUCGAUUAUAAUACUCUGUUUACAAUUGUAAUAAAUGAAGAGAGCAGCACGCAAACCGCAGUAUCGACGCCAAUUUUAAUAACCGCUUUGACAAAUUGCAACAGUAGCAAUAAUGCGACAAUGAAUACCAUCGAUUCAUCUGGGGAUGCCAGCAGUAAGGACAAGGCAAAGCGGAGUUCUGCCUUGAAACUGAAAAACUCGAAGGGAAAUCAUGAAUCAGUUAUUUUAGGAAUCUGCAAUUUUGAUCUUAUACCACUGUUCUUAGGAGAAGAAAGCCUGACAGAAAAACUGAUAUUGGAAGUGCCAUCGCUCAAUGCUAGUGAAGCAAUUAUUUCUUGGAGUAGCUUACCACGUUUAACUGUCUCGGCACGGUUACUGGAUAAAAACAUUUUCCCUCCUGAAAUGAACAUCAAUUUUCUGACAAUCACCGUCGAAAGCAUUUAUAACUUGCCAUCUUCUUUCACUGAAGAUAUGGACUACAAAGCAAGCACAGUCGUCUAUGCCUCAAGUGAAGUGCCAGAUGAUAUUACAUUUGACAGUGGUGUAAGGAUGAGUGUUCCUGAUACUGAAAAAGUUAAGUGUUGGGAAUCAUUAGCCCAUUUGGAAGGACAUGCUAAGUUCGCGAAAUACAAACUGAAUAGUGAUGUUACAAGAAAUGAACUUAAAAACGACCUUGACCUCAAGUUAUCAGAAACAGCACCCAGAGUACAGUGGAAUUCUAUGCGACGUUCGUUGCUUUUGCAUUCAGGAUCUGAAGAGAUGUUGAGCACAAUCAAAAGAGCUAUGUGGACGUUUCUGACCUCCUCUAUCCUGGCAACUGCAGGAGUAUCAACAGAGACUGAAUACGUACCAAGUUUUCCUGUAAUGUCAGAAAACGGUCAGCCUACAUUUGUCAUCAUCGAGUUUGAAUUACAUCAUUCAUUGCAGCCAGCACGAACAUUGGCAGAUCUGACAGGCAGUAAUUCAGUACAAUUCUUAAGCAAUAUUUACAGCAUAGACAAGAUGGUACACAGUUGUAUCUUACCACCAAUACCAUGUACAAGUGAUCUGGCUGAAGAACAGUACUCAAACUGUAUCAGAAAAUUAGUAGACACACUUUGCGAAGCAUACCAGGAUUUUAUUCAAAACCAUAUGAUACCUAGUGCAUCUCAGCAGAGACCCCAUAAGAUUUCAUCAUCUGUAGAAAUAUUUGGUUCAAAUGAAGGAUCUAACAGCGGGAAAAAAUUUGGUGACGAUAUUAAUGUUGGAUCAGGUGAUCAGAAGGACUGUAAAUAUAGCUACAUUAAGGAUGACAUUGCUUGCUUUGUACAAUAUCUACAUGACACAGGAUCAUAUUUGACCGUACGUAGUACACUGAAAAGUAAAAUAAUAAUGCUACUGGAUCAAAAAUUCAAAAUAGAAAUGUAUAUGCUCGGUAAAAAAGAGUGUCAGAACUUUGUCGCUACAACUUAUAUAUACCUGGUCGAACAAAUGCAUCGCACCUUGAAUAUAGUUGUCGAGGGCCAGAACGCCAGAGACUUGUUAAAUGGUAAUCCUAUUGCAAACGCAAGUUUCUUUGCAGAAGAAUCAUGUGCAUUUGAGUCCACAGACGAUGCACGUACAGAGUAUCUAAAUAUAAUAGAAAAGGAUAAAAAAAAUCCUGAUAGUUGGGUCGAGUAUGCCGUAUACUUACUUCGCAUUAAAGAUAUAGACCGUGCCACAGAAUGUUGUCGCGAGGCCAUUGUAUUAGACAAAAAGCAUAAAAUCGCAUUACUUUUAUAUGGCGUAAUUCUUUGUCAUAAAGAACAGUACUGUGAUGCAGAGGUUUUUCUUCAAACUGUGACAAAAAUUUAUCCUCGGUUUCCCGAAGGAUGGGCUAUUCUUCAUCUCUUUUAUCUUCGAACGGAAUACUUCCUAGGUGCUGAUGUCACUAUUCAAGUCGCACUAAAGUGCAUGAAAGACAAGGAUUUGGAUAGCAUUUCCACCCAUUUUUUGAAUCGCGAUCCAUUGGUUUGGACAGCAUUAAAUUAUCCAAAGAAUAGAAUUUAUCUUGUAACAGCAGUUUUACUGUUGAAAAUGUUUUGCUUGGAUUUUGCAGGCAUAGCGCUUUCACAAGAAUUGUUAGAAAUGGGCAGAACAAGACAUUUUCUGUAUUUUAUGGCUACACAACAUUAUAUGGAAGAUAGAUAUGACGAUGCAAUAUGCCAUUUACAAGAAAUAGUAAGCUUACAUGGAAUGGAAUACUCAGUGGCAAGCUUAAUGGGACAUUGUCACUUGAAAGUGGGCAACUUUGACCAAGCAAUGUACUGUUACGAAUUUGCCAAUUGUUCAUUUGAUCGUCCUGAAGACCUACAUCUUGCACAGCUAAGAUUGGGAUACCUGUAUCUUGACACUGAUAAAUACGAAGCUGCAAGAAAACUUUUCCUUGUUGUUUGUAAGAAUUCACCGACAUGUCGGUCAUGGCUUGGUGUAGGAAUUGCCUCUUAUUACUUGAACGAUAUGAAAAAUGCUGAAAAAUCACUGACAGAAGCUAAUAAUUUGAGCAUGCAUAAUGCUGAAGUGUGGGGUUAUCUAUGCUUAGUGAACAUGUCAUUACAGCGUUACGACGAAUUUCUCCAAUGCUAUAGACAAGUUUUGAAGAACAAUCUGUCGAAUGUACGGGUAUGGACAAUGAUAAAGGACCUAAUGGACAGUCUCGAUUAUGUAACUCCUAUGUUAACCAUUGAUUCCAAAGAAAGUUUUAUGCACGAAUCACCAGAAUUUGAAGGUGGCCAGGAUUGCCACGAGCCUGACGAUAACUGAGGAAAUUCAAGAUUGCAUAUAUUCCUGCAGCAACCCGUAGGUAUGUUAAAUAAUUAUUUUAUAUCAAGCAACGACUUGGAAAGUAUCUGGUUUAACUUAUAUUUUCAUGAGUUAUUUUGUAUUAUUUGGGAAUAAUUAUACCGUAUCCACAGCGUUAACAAAUGUAAAAUUACAGGCUCUAUCAAUAACAAUGAGUUACGUGUAAAGAGUAAAAUUACCUUACUUGCAAGCACCUAAGUAUACGGAUACAUAAAUUGGAUUAAGGUGUACCAUGCAUUUGCAACUAUCACACGAUGACUGUGAUGUUGAAUGCUAUACAGUGUAUUACUUCUAACAUGAAAAUUAUUCAUUUCUUAUUAUAAAAAUGGUUAACAUUCUUGAAAUUUAUGGAAGCUGCAGUUUUAAUAACCAACAUAAAGUAUUUAGAUAGUACUUUUGUAUUGGUGA